UUUUCCACUUCCAUAAAUGCUCCGCAGUUGCCUGUCAGGAGGUUCAGUACAAUUAGAAGCUGCUCCAAGUAAGUUGAAGCAAUGAGCCAACUAAAGGGAAUCGUCUUCAUAUCUUUAGUCUGUGUGCUGAGUGCACAGGCUGCCGAUUGGACGGAUAUUUGUGCCUUUGAAGACGAUGGCACUCGUUUACCUUUGCCCCUCGAUUGCAAGCGCUAUGUGCUUUGCUCGGAUCGCGAAAUUGCCGCCAUACGCAGUUGUCCACGUGGCCUCCACUUCAAUCACAAGAUAGGUGAAUGUGAUUUCCAAUGGCGUGCAGACUGCAGUGGACUCUCGCUUUAUGCCAAUGCCGACAGUGAUGAGGAUUGUGUGUGUAGUUGCUGUGCUGAUGAGUGUCAGGCAAGUGAUCUGAUCGAGGCCACAACUCCUUGUCUGCCUGUGGAGGAGACUACAGUCAACACGGAGACAACACCCGCAGACAACACCGACAGCACCUUCGAUGAGGGAGAGGACACCACAGGAGCUCCUAACACAGACUCCACUUCUAGACCUACAACAGAUUCAACUACCUCUAGACCUACAACAGAUUCAACUACUUCUAGCACAGGUUCUACCUCAAGACCCACCACAGAUUCGACUGCCUCAAGACCAACCACAGACUCAACUACCUCAAGACCUACCACAGACUCAACUACUCCAAGUGGCUCAUCCACUAGCAGCCCCAUAGUGCCCUCCUAUUGCAGCGACAAGCGUCCCAAUUGUGCCAAUGAAUUGGAUGGCGCCCGAGUGCCCAUUGAUGGCGUCUGCACCAGCUAUUUGCAAUGUAGUCACGGCUGUAGCUACGAACAGCCAUGUCCCAGUGGCCUAUACUUUAAUCCUGACACCGAGAUGUGCGACUACUUCUGGAAUGUGGAGUGUGAGCCCAACGACACUGAGGAUGCAACUGGCGGCGAAAUCGCCGGACCCUCUGGCACGACUUGCACUGAUCAGAGUGUUUGUGCCGGUCAACGCGAUGGCCGCAUGUUUGCCAAUAACGAGACAAAUGGUUACUUUGUCUGCCAGUGUCAAUGUCCAAUUGCAAUGCCCUGUGAUGAAAACACAAAGUUCAAUGAGGAAGCGCAGGUUUGUGAUUGGGAUCGCUCUUCUUCUGCUACGGCGAAUGUUAUCUGCCCCGAUGGUUUGGUCUACAAUGCAACCUCCGAUCAGUGCGAUUAUCCCGAAGGUUAUGUACCGGAAGUUGUAUGCGAUAAUGAUGCCACCGUGUGUCAGAACCAAACGGAAGGCGCUCUUUUCCCCAUUGAGGGUGUUUGCAACAAGUUUUACAAGUGCAACUUCAAUUGUGCCGUAGAACAAUCUUGUCCCAACAAUUUGCUCUAUUAUUCUGUGAAAGAGCUCUGCGAUUAUCCGCAGAAUGUGGACUGCGAGUGGCCCUAUACCCCACCGUCGGGACCCACUGCUGGACCCUCCGGUAUUUCCUGUGAGAGCAAUGGUCGUUGUCUCGGUGAACGAGAGGGCGUAUUUUUCCCCUCCUUGACCAGCUGCAGUGGCUAUAUUGUCUGUCAGUGCGAGUGCGAGGUUGAGAUGCAGUGCUCUGGUGAUCUCUACUGGGAUCAGACGCUUAAGACCUGUAACUAUGCCAAUAAGGUCAAUUGUACCUUUAAUUUAUAUAAAAUUCGUUAUUCAGUCCUCCUGAUGUGUCUCCUGUGCUGGCAGAUCACCGAAACCCUGACUGCCAACUGCUGUCAGGAAGGAGCAACCCAAGCGAACCCCCUCGAUUGCACCCAGUACUACGUUUGCUCUGGUGGAGUCCUCGUUUCCCAGUCCUGUCCCAGUGGAAACUAUUGGAAUGCGGGUACCUGUGAGCAGAACAAUGGACAAUGUUGUCCUGGCACCUGCAGCGGUGAUGAACUCCAGGUGGAUCCCCAGAAUUGUGCAGCCUACUAUCAGUGUGUGAAUGGACAGAUUGUGAAUCAGAAAUGCGCCACUGGAACUUAUUUCGAUACCUCAAUCAAGGCCUGUGUGAUCGACAGUGAAGAACAGAAACAUUUCAUUAUAUUAAUUGCCGGAAAAUAUAAAAGCCGAUACAAGAUGCGAGAGAACUCAGUAGGCGAAUCUUCCAUCGAAGGAAUACGUCGUCGUUCAACACGCGCAAAAAUGCUACACAAUAGCAAGUUCAACCUGGCCUCCUUCCUGCUGAUUGCCAUCUCGUUGGCCACUCGUGCGACAGCUGAAGAUUGCUGUGAACCCGGAGAUGUUAAGCUGGAUCCCGAUGAUUGCACCAAGUACUUCGUUUGCUGCACGGGCAAAUUCAAGCCGAUGUCCUGUCCCAGCGGUGAAUAUUGGAAUGCCGGUGCAGGUCAAUGUGAAAUCGACAAUGGUGAGUGCAACUGCAAUGGCCAAACCUGCAUCGAGGGUGAUAUUAUCACCGAUGCCAACAACUGCAGCAACUUCAAGAUCUGUGUAAAUGGCAAGUAUCAGUCCGAGCCUUGUCCCAGUGGAGAGUACUGGAACUCAGCCGCGCACGAAUGCCAGCUGGAUGAAGGUCAAUGCGUUGGCACAACACCGCCGCCAGUCUGCUUAGAUGGCGAGGUCAAGGAGAAUGAGGCCAACUGCGCUGGCUACUACAACUGCACCAAUGGCCAAUGGGUUGGGCAUCUGUGUAAUGCUGGUAAAUACUGGAACGUCCAGGCUAAGGAGUGUCAGAAGGAUGAGGGUCAAUGCAAUGGCGGCUCAGAGUGUGAAGAUGGCGAUGUUAAGGAAAAUGAAGACAAUUGCGCUGGCUAUUAUAGCUGUAUCAAUGGCACAUAUGUGCCACAGCUUUGUGGCGCAGGGCUCUACUGGAGUGUGGAAGCCAAGGACUGUGUCGUCGACAAUGGCGAAUGCAAUGGCCCGCAAGGUCCCGAUUGUGAGGAUGGCACUGUUGUCGUGAAUCCUUCCAAUUGCUCUGGUUUCUACAAGUGCACCAACGGUAAAUUUGUGUUCCAACUUUGCGGAUCAGGACUCUACUGGAACAACACGAUUCAGGAGUGCGAAAAGGACGAAGGACAAUGCGUUGGCACCCCAUCUCCCGUGUGUGAAGAAGGUGCACUUAAGGUCGAUGACGACAACUGUGCUGGUUACUUGCAGUGUAUUAAUAAUUCCUGGGUGAACAAAGACUGCGCGGCUCAAAGCUACUUCGAUAAAGAACUGCUGACGUGUGUCAUCGAUAGCGACGGUGUUUGUGUCUGUGCCGAUGGAGAUCUUAAGGUGAAUAGCGCGAACUGCACUGGUUACUACAACUGCACCAAUGGCAAAUACGUUGCGCAAUUCUGCGCAUCAGGACUUUACUGGAAUGCCGAAGACAAGCAGUGUCAGAAGGAUGAAGGACAAUGCAAUCCCACACCAUCUCCAGUGUGUGUCGAGGGAUCUCUUAAGGUCGAUGACACCAACUGUGCUGGUUACUUGCAGUGCACCAACAAUUCGUGGGUGACUAAAGAGUGUGGAACUGGUAACUACUUCGACAAAUAUCUUUUGGCGUGUGUGGUGGAUAGCGAUGGUGUUUGCGUACCCAAGGAAUGUGUCGACGGAGAUGUUAAGGAAAAUACCGAGAACUGCGCUGGUUUCUACAACUGCACCAACGGUCAAUACGUGGCUCAACUCUGCGGAUCAGGACUUUACUGGAAUGUUGCCGACAAGCAGUGCCAGAAGGAUGAAGGACAAUGUAAUCCUACACCAUCUCCCGAGUGUGUCGAGGGCUCUCUUGAGGUCGAUGACGCCAACUGUGCUGGUUACUUGCAGUGCACCAACAAUUCGUGGGUGACUAAAGAGUGUGGAACUGGUAACUACUUCGACAAAUAUCUUUUGGCGUGUGUGGUGGAUAGCGAUGGUGUUUGCGUACCCAAGGAAUGUGUCGACGGAGAUGUUAAGGAAAAUACCGAGAACUGCGCUGGUUUCUACAACUGCACCAACGGUCAAUACGUGGCUCAACUCUGCGGAUCAGGACUUUACUGGAAUGUUGCCGACAAGCAGUGCCAGAAGGAUGAAGGACAAUGUAAUCCUACACCAUCUCCCGAGUGUGUCGAGGGCUCUCUUGAGGUCGAUGACGCCAACUGUGCUGGUUACUUGCAGUGCACCAACAAUUCGUGGGUGACUAAAGAGUGUGGAACUGGUAACUACUUCGACAAAUAUCUUUUGGCGUGUGUGGUGGAUAGCGAUGGUGUUUGCGUACCCAAGGAAUGUGUCGAGGGAGAUGUUAAGGAAAAUACCGAGAACUGCGCCGGUUUCUAUAACUGCACCAACGGUCAAUACGUGGCUCAACUCUGCGGAUCAGGACUUUACUGGAAUGCUGCCGACAAACAAUGCCAGAAGGAUGAAGGACAAUGCAAUCCUACACCAUCUCCGGUGUGUGACGAGGGUGCACUUAAGGCGAAUGAAGCCAACUGUGCUGGUUACUUGCAGUGCGUGAACAACGCGUGGGUCGCAAGACUGUGUGCAUCUCAGAGCUACUUUAAUGCUGAUCUGUUGGCGUGUGUUGUGGAUACAGAUGGUGUUUGCGUUCCUAAGGUCUGCGAUCCCGAGUGCUGUGAUCAGCCCAAUGAUUGGUUGGGCCCUGUGGACAACAACUGUUCCGCAUUCGUACACUGUCUCUAUGGCAACAAAUUUGAGAUGAGAUGCCCCAAUAAUCUGCAGUUCAACAAUGUCACCAAGGAGUGCGAUUAUCCCGAGAAUGUGCAGUGUGAGGAUGGCUCGGAACCUCCAAGUGGUCCCACUGCAGGUCCUUCGGGCACUUACUGCGAGAGCAAGGGUCGUUGUGUUGGCCAGUCCGAUGGCACUAUGUUGGCUGAUGAGGAUGCAUGCAGCAGUUCCUAUAUCGUCUGCCAGUGCGAGUGCGCGAUCAACUUCAAGUGCAACGCCGGUCUUGUGUUUAACCAGAAGCUCAAAGUUUGUGACUGGCCCACAAAUGUGGAUUGCACACUGCACUUUAUUGGCGUCAUCGCAAUGCAAUGUGGUUGGGUUGAAUCGACUUUUCUCAUCGCAUGUUCCAACUAUGGCCAUGCCAUUAUUGCAAAUAUAGUACGACUGGCACGAUCCAAACAUUGGAAACAAUCGGCCAUCUUUGCCGUCACAGACAGAGGAGGGAGCUCGAACUCCACUCAUUGCUGUGCAGCACCAGGAAACCUUCAAAUAUAUACUUUGAACUUCAGCAAACUAUCCACAGCUAUGCGAAACGUAUAUGUCUUUACCAUACUACUUUUGGCCGUGUCUGCCACUAGUAUACUUGGUGCAAGCUUCGAGAGCCGACAAUAUCAGCAGGUGUUUUGUCGCGGUAAUGCCAAUGGCAUUCGAGCUUUAGUGCCAGGCAGCUGUUCCAAAUUCUUCGAGUGCCAAAAUGGACAAGCAACGGAAUACUCUUGCCCCAAAUACUACGACUUUAAGACAAGAAGUUGCGUUGACUACAAUCCGGGCUGCACUGAAACCAAGUCUGUAGACGAAUCUCCACAGCAUAAGUCUGCAGACACUCCAUGUGCAGGAGCUACAACGACACCACCAUGUGUUACAACCCGUCCACCAUGUACCGGUGUUGCUACACCUACAACUCCCACAACAACUCCCCCAACAACAACGCCUUCUGGCGAAACUCCAUGCGACAAAGAUACAACACCAACAACAACAACCACCACAACAACAACCACCACAACCACAACUACCACAACCACAACUACCACAACAACAACCACUACAACCACAACUACCACAACAACCACCACAACCACAACAACCACAUCAACCACAACAACCACAACAACCACAACAACCACAACAACCACAACCACCACAACAACGACUACCACGACAACCACAACUACAACAACGACUACCACGACAACAACAACAUGUAGCACAUCAACAUCGACGACAACAACAACCACCACUACCACAACAACAACCACCACAACUACAACUACGACGACAACAACCACGACUACAACCACCACAACUACAACAACAACAACCACGACUACAACCACCACAACCACAACAACCACAACAACCACAACAACCACAACAACCACAACAACCACAACAACCACAACCACCACAACAACGACUACCACGACAACCACUACUACAACAACGACUACCACGACAACAACAACAUGUAGCACAUCAACAUCGACGACAACAACAACCACCACUACCACAACAACAACCACCACAACUACAACUACGACGACAACAACCACGACUACAACCACCACAACUACAACAACAACAACCACGACUACAACCACCACAACCACCACAACUACAACGACAACAACCACGACUACAACCACCACAACUACAACAACAACCACCACGACUACGACCACGACCACUACAACAACAACGACCACAACUACAACAACAUGUAGCACAUCAACAACUACUACGACUACAACAACAACCACGACAACAACUACCACCACUACCACAACAACAACAACAACCACUACAACAACGACCACGACAACAACAACGACAACAACAACUACCACAACAACGACAACAACAACUACCACAACAACGACAACAACAACUACCACCACCACGACGACCACAACGACCACAACAACAACAACAUGUAGCACAUCAACGUCUACUACAACGACCACGACAACAACAACCACCACUACCACGACAACAACAACCACGACAACAACAACCACAACUACCACGACAACAACAACCACCACUACCACAACAACGACAACAACAACUACCACAACAACAACUACCACAACAACUACCACAACAACUACCACAACAACAACUACCACAACAACUACCACCACAACUACAACAACAACCACCACGACUACGACCACGACCACUACAACAACAACGACCACAACAACGACAACAUGUAGCACAUCAACAUCUACUACGACUACAACAACAACCACGACAACAACAACCACGACAACGACAACCACCACUACCACGACAACAACUACCACAACAACAACUACCACAACAACUACCACAACAACUACCACAACAACUACCACAACAACAACUACCACAACAACUACCACAACAACUACCACAUCAACUACUACAACAACUACCACAACGACCACAACAACGACAACAUGUAGCACAUCAACAUCGACUACAACGACCACGACAACAACAACCACCACGACAACAACAACGACAACCACAACAACCACCACAACAACUACCACAACAACUACCACAACAACUACCACAACAACUACCACAACAACGACAACAACAACUACGACAACAACAACUACCACAACAACCACCACAACAACAACCACCACAACUACAACCACAACGACAACUACCACAACGACAACGACCACGACUACAACAGCGUGUAACACUUCCACAUCUACUACAACGACCACCACAACUACAACGACCACAACAACUACAACGACCACCACAACUACAACAACCAGCACAACUACAACUACCACGACCACAACGACAACUACCACAACAACAACCACAACUACCACAACAACAACGACUACAACUACCACUACCACGACUACAACAACAUGUAGCACAUCAACAUCAACUACGACUACAACUACCACCACCACAACAACAACCACUACAACGACAACAACCACGACUACAACCACCACAACUACAACGACUACAACCACCACAACUACCACAACAACAACCACUACAACAACAACAACAACCACUACAACGACAACUACAACAACAACCACUACAACGACAACUACCACAUGUAGUACAUCAACAUCGACUACGACCACAACAACAACAACCACUACAACAACCACCACAACAACAACAACCACUACAACAACCACCACUACAACAACCACCACGACUACAACUACUACUACAACAACCACGACUACAACAACAUGUAGCCCAUCAACAUCGACUACAACCACUACAACGACAACUACUACGACUACAACUACGACAACAACAACCACCACCACCACGACCACAACAACAACUACGACUACAACAACUUGCAGUUCAUCAACUACAACCACAACAACAACAACAACCACCACGACGACAACUACUACCACUACCACCACAACAACAACUACGACUACAACAACUUGCAGUUCAUCAACUACAACCACCACAACGACAACUACUACCACUACCACCACAACAACAACUACGACAACAACGUGCAGUUCAUCAACAACAACCACCACCACGACCAAAGCAACAACAACAACGACAACAACGUGCAGUUCAUCAACUACAACCACCACCACGACCAAAGCAACAACAACUACGACAACAACAUGCAGUUCCUCAACAACAACCACUUUAGCACCAGUCACAACUCCCUGCGUCUCAACACCAGAAGCAACAACUCCCUGCGUUUCAACACCAGCAGCAACAACUCCCUGCGUUUCAACAUCAGCAGCAACAACACCAUGCGAAGUAACUACUCAGGCCCCUUGUGCAUCGGGAUCUAAUGUUGCGAGCGCAUCGCAUAAGAAUCGUCAGCCCACUCGCCUUCGCCCCAACUUUCGCCCACUCCCAGAGGUGGCACAACUAGCUCAGAUGACUAAGGGAGCCACAAGCACAUCCAGUGACAUUCAUAUCCAAAUCGUAUGCGUUGGUAAACCCGAUGGUUUCCUAAUGGCUUCACCGGAGCGUUGCAAUGACUACUACAUUUGCCGUCACCAGCGGGCCCUGAAGGUUAGCUGCGGUGACAGAUACUUCAACGGACAGAAGGGCAUCUGUGAUCUGCCAGAGAAUACCGGAUGCGUUCAGUCCUAAACAUCCACACGAUCUAGACACCAAGCACAGCCUUAUUGGAAAACGACUACGGAAAACGAACUUAACUUUUAAUGUAGAACUUUAAAUAAAGCAUGCAUGCGCCUAGAGAAGGCAAACAAAUUUAUUUGGUAUUUCAUUGU